CACAGAAUAAAGGCGGAGUCGCGGAGUUUAUUUUGCGGUCUAGUCCACAAAUGGCAAAUUAGGCACUGCGAUCUCAGAAUUUUUGGCGUGACUGAUACUUGCUGUUGCGCCGCAAAAGUAUUUCGUCUCCCAGGCUCUGUUCACGGACUUUGCUGCAGCACCAAUUUCCCAAGGAAGAGGCUCGAACCUGAGCUACAAGCCUUGUGCCAGUGGCCAACCAAGCGACUGGGCGCAGCCUUCGAGCGAGAGCUUCGUGUAUUCGCGGGACUUCGAGUGCUUUGAGGGCAUGCACAACGACGAGAUGCAUGUCACCAGUGAACGGCUACUUAAACAGAGUUCUAUGUCCACCCUGUACUGUGACGGCAUUGAUGAUACCAGCAGUGGCGGUGCGCCUGCGGAGACUCUUGUCGAUGUCCGUGCCGAUUUCGGGAUGGGAGACAGUGGUGGACAUGAUGCUCAGGUUUCUCACAUGCUGCCUGUGGAUAGAGUGGCUAAUACAGGAAUGGCGCAGAGGAGGUGUCUCUGUGGUCAAGUGGCCAGCAUGGAUGCUGCAAGCCAGAUGCCAGGUUGGAAAGUGCGCAGAGAGGUGUCCAUACAGUGCAACUUGCUUCCUCUGCCUCCCCCACCAUUAAUGUUUGCCGAGUCAUCAUGCGCACCGAGUCAGAAUUACUCACAUCUUCCCUCGAGGGAGGCAGUGGACCAGCAUAGUGGAGCAACGGGCAGUGCCGAGAGUCAGGAUGGCACGCAUCUCCCCUUGGGGAAGACAGUGGACCAGCAUAGUGGAGCAACGGAGAGUGCCGAGAGUCAGGAUGACUCGCAUUUCCCCUCGAGGGAGACAGUGGACCAGCAUAGUGAAGCAAUGGACAGUGCCGACGGUCAGAAUGACUCGCGUCUCCCCUCGAGGGAGGCAGUGGACCAGCGUAGUGGAGCAAAUGACAGUGCCGAGAAGGUGAACAACGCUGUUGCCAUGAGAGGAGAAGUGGAGCAACUGCGUUGCUAUCUGUGUCCUUUCACAACGAAAUCGAAGUACACAUUGAAGGACCACGUGCUGAAUCACAUCGACGAAAGGCAUAUGCAAUGCCCCAUCUGUUUAGGGAAAUUCGCGAAAAAAUAUAAUCUCUUUCGUCACAUGCAACGGACACAUCCUGGUGGAAAACUGUACAAGUGUGACCUGUGCCCAUACAAAGCAGCCGACUCUAGCUCCUUGACGCUGCACAUGGCAAACCAUACCGGACACAAGGAGUUUGCGUGCGGCGUGUGCCCGUAUGUCACUUCUCGUAAUUGUGACAUAAGGAAACAUUUACGCAUUCACACGGGUGACAGGCCUUACAAGUGUGACAAGUGUUCCUACGCUGCGGCCAUCCAGAGCACACUGAAUAGACACAUACGUUCAAAACAUGCUAAAGAAUCUUCAAAAGAAAUGAGUCAUGCCUUGCUUGUAAAAGUGCGAGAAAGAGACUCGGGAGAGAUGGCAUUGAAAGUGUAAGGUUGGUUCAGCUGAAUCAAUUAGUGCUGAAAAUGUCCAGUUCAACGUACAGUCAAACUUACCAUUGUGAAUAAAGUUUCUGCAGCCAAGAUUAAAAUCGCAACCUCUUGCUAAGUUGUGCAAACCGCCAUCGCCACUACGCCACGGAAGAAGGGGAUUUGGUUGGCGUUGCAUGGACUUCCGUCAGUGCAGUGCCAACAAAACCACCUUGCACCGUUGCACUGUGCUUGUGACAGGCCCGUAGUCAGCCCCCCCCCCCCCCCCCGAAAUUUUGAUGACACAUGGUGUUUUAUCGAAAAUGAAUCAUGAAAAUAGGCGUUUUUAUCAAAUAGUCAAGGUUUUCAGCAAGUGCCCCCCCCCCCCUGAAAAAAAUUCCUGGUUACGGGCCUGGCUUGUGAUGUUCAGAAACCUUUCUAGGGCAUCCUAGCAUUCCACUAUAAGGAGUGUGAUUGUGUGUCUGAAUAUUCGUGUAUGUAAAUUAACAAGACUGCAUAGGUAUGUUAUCAGAAACAAAUGAUUUAUGUAGCACAUUAAAUAAGUUGAUGUGAUAAAUAUGCUUACGUUGUGACACGAACCUGCUUAUGUUUUUCACGAAGUUGUAGUAAUAAAAUGACACAGCCAAAUUAAGUAAAAGCAUCACGAAAACUAGAUAAAAUGAGUAAGGUUUAUUAUAGACAAAGGAAAAUGAACGAUACCAUAGCUGGACCCAUUUCUAAAGUAGCAGUUGAAGUGGCAGGUAAAGCAAGCUCACUCCAACCACAAAAGAGAUAAAGACGUGCUGUUUGUUUUCUAACAAACAGCACAGAAUAUAAAGCAUCAGAAAAAAAGGAGGACACAAACAACAAAGGUAAAGAACGACAGAUGAAAGUAACUGCUACAAGACAUAAAACACAAUUUGCUCAGUUAGCAAAGCUGAUCAACAAAGCGAAACUCAGUGGUGGUGGGGGUCAAACUUUAUUUCUGAAAAAGGGGUCCUAAAGGACUCUCGGCUAAAAGCUAGGUGUAGAGGACACUUCCAACGUUGGGGCAGAGAGUCCUAGGCUCUCCGCGACCUCGCGGGCGUUCUGGACGCCCCAUGAUUGAUCUUGAAGCACAUUACUUUUGAGCAUUAUGUCUCAUUGGCCCUUGUUCUUUGGGAAAGUCGCAUGUUGCACAGCCACAUAGCAUGCGACUUAAGUCAACAUUCCCACCUCACUUAUCACACACAAAAACACUUUCGUAACUGUGCCGAUAUGCCUCACACUCCAGGCACUGGGGUGCGAACCCGUUCGUAGCAUAUGCGUAAGGUAACCGACUGUCCUCUAGUGAGCUUCUUGUCCGGUAGAGGAAACUCUCUUCGACUUAGGUAAAAAUACUUAUUUCGUUGUAAGUUAGCAUGAUUGCUGCAGCGCUAAAGACGAAGACGAAAGGAACACAGAGUGCACAGGACGAGCGCUGUCUUUAGUGCUGCAUCAAUCAUGCAGGCAUUCAAACUAGCCCAACUUUCCUUUCUGCUGCUGUAAGUUAGCAGCUGAGCUGCUUUUAGCGCAGGAUUUAGAACUGCAGCAAUCGCUGCACAAAAACGACAUUAGUGCUGUUUUAAGAGCGGAGCUCUUUAAAGCUUUUCGUUGCGCCGGGUAGUGCAAACAGUAAUUAUCAUCAUCAUCAUGAACUGGUACGCGGUCGCUUCGUCUUUUUCUGCUUUACUUCUGCUUUACUCCCACAACACGUGCGCCGAUUUGUACUCUUCUUCAUUUGCUUCGCUCCCAAAACACGUGUGCAGAUUCCUUCAGUGUGGCCUGUAAUAACCUUGACGGGUGAGAGGAGACAACGAGUGCAGAGAGAGAGAGAAAGAAACAGAGAGACAGAAAGAAAGAUCUAAAGGAAGAGGAAAUCGUGGCGAAAAAAGAUGUCUGAUGAGGCGGCGAGAUUUGAACCUGGGUACCCAUGAUCAGAAGGCUAGCGUCCUAACCAGUCGGCUUUCCACGCACGCUCGCAAAGCAUAGCAUAUAUACUUGUAUAGCAUAGCGAGGUGGCGGGAAAGGGAAGUGAGGGUCAGGAGGGAAGAGAGUAAAGCAUAACAUACAGAGAAAUAGAAAGGGCAAGAAACAGAAAGAGAAAGUAAGAUAGAGACAGAUAUAGAGAGAGAGAAAGAGGAAAGAAAAAGGAAGCGAUAGAGAGAUAAAUAAAGAAGGGCAAGGGGGAGAAAGAUAGAAAAAGAGCGAGAAAGACAUAAAUACAUAGAGAGAGAAAGAAAAAGAUAGAGAAAAAAGACAAUAGAUGGAAGCAAAAGAGAGGAAGAAAGAAAUAGAAAAAUGAAGAGAAACAAAGAAGGCCGCCCAGCUCCGCACUCCCUUCAAGCUUCGUACAACUAGUGCGAAGUAUCACGUAAUAACUAGUCAUGUGACGGAAAUCACGUAACGUCAAGUCACGUGACAAAAACAACGUAACACUCACGUGACUAAAACCACGGAACAUGACGUAAGUAGCCACGGGACUAGAAUCAUGUAACUACUCGCGACUAAAAAUCACGCAACGUCUAGUGAAAAUCACGUAACAUUUUGUCAUGCGACUAAAAUCGCGCGACAUUACAUAAUAGCUCGUCACGUGACAUGUCCCCGCCAUAAACCACUUAAUAGUGGCCACGUGACAUGUUCCCACCAAAAACCACGUAACUAAAAUCACAACAUCACCUAACAGGUAGUCACGUGACAUGUCUAGCCAAGUCUAGGCAUACUUGGUACGAUUGGAAAAACAGCCUCUCAGCAAAAAGCUUGGCAAUACUAGCAAAACUUAGCUACCCUAGGUCGAACACUAGCUCCGCUGAUGGUUCCAGCCUUGCGCCAGUAGAGUGCAAGCUGUGCAUUUCUUCUUACGUUCGGAGUUGCACUGGCAACUCUCUUUUAUGUUGUCCCCUGUCCCAGUGUGCACUGUAAUCUCGAUCAACUUAAGGAGUGAAUAAAUGAACUUUACAUGG